CCAAGUAGAAGGUAUAGCCUGAUCGUGUUCUGUACCUAUCUUCCCCCAACAAUGGCGACCAGUCUGGUCCGUCGAGCUCUCUCUAGGGUUCAUUCGUCUCCGGCCGCGAAGCUUUUUCUCUCCAGAGCACAUGCAUCGGAGCCUCAAAAUCAACAAGCGAAGCCAGUCGCCCAAUCUUCACAUAGUCUCAAGAACUUUCAAAUCUACCGAUGGAAUCCUGACAAUCCAGGAAAACCAGAGCUCCAAAACUACCAGAUCGACCUUAAGGAGUGUGGUCCUAUGGUCCUAGAUGCACUGAUUAAGAUCAAGAACGAGAUCGAUCCUACCUUGACGUUCCGUCGGUCGUGCCGUGAAGGAAUCUGCGGUUCCUGUGCUAUGAACAUCGACGGAUGUAACGGACUUGCUUGUUUGACGAAGAUUCCGUCGGGAGAUGCGACGAUGAUUACGCCUUUGCCGCAUAUGUUUGUGAUUAAGGAUCUGGUGGUGGAUAUGACGAAUUUCUACAAUCAAUAUAAGAGUAUUGAGCCGUGGUUGAAGAGAAAGUCUCCGGCACCGGUUGGUUGGGUAGGGAAAGAGAUUUAUCAGAGCAAGGAUGAUAGGGCGAAGCUCGAUGGGAUGUAUGAAUGCAUAUUGUGUGCCUGCUGUAGCACAUCAUGCCCUAGCUAUUGGUGGAACCCUGAGUCUUACCUUGGCCCCGCUGCUCUUCUUCACGCUAAUCGGUGGAUCAUGGAUAGUCGAGAUGAAUAUACACAGGAGCGUCUAGAUGCAGUAAAUGAUGAAUUCAAGUUGUAUCGCUGCCAUACAAUUUUGAAUUGUGCUCGUGCAUGCCCUAAGGGGCUCAACCCUGGGAAGCAAAUCCAGAACAUCAAGAGUCUUGAAAGCUAAGUGCUUUUUUCCUUUUAAAAUUUAUAGGGAGAAUGAUGGUUGUUAUCCCUAUUUUAAUUCUGGGAUUAUGUUAGAACAUCUUUGUAAACCUUUUGUUUUGUUGGAAAUAAUUGGUGAACAUGUUUGUACCUUGCCA